AUGUUCAACUACACGGAUUCGCCGACGCAUCCUCGCACGCCUACGGUGCGCACGAGCUGCUGGACAGAUUCAGAAAUUGUGCUACACUGGCUUUCAGUUCCCCCUCGACGGUGGAACACCUACGUCUGCAACCGAACUUCUGAGAUAUUGAGCGACUUUCCCCGUAGCUGCUGGAACCAUGUUCGCACGGAAGACAAUCCUGGUGAUUGUGCUUCCCGAGGACUUCAUCCGUCAAAGCUUCUGGAGCAUCGACUGUGGUGGAAAGGUCCGUCCUGGCUGGCCACACCCACCUCUGAGUGGCCACCUUCUACAAGCAAGUUCAGCGUAUCUUCAAGUUUCGAUGUCAACACCGAAGAACGAGCCAUAAAGCCAACGACUCUACAUAACUUUCCUGAUGAAAGUAUACACGAGUUACUCAUCCACAAAUUCUCAACCUGGACGCGUCUUAUAAGGGUAUCUAGCUACUGUCAUCGCUUUAUUCACACUCUUCGAUCUCAUCAUAGGAAUUCGGCACAAUUCCUUACGUCUAAAGAGUUGCUGGACGCACAGCGCCGACUUAUUCGACAUGUGCAACAAAAAUCCUUUGCCAGAGAAUAUGCGCAGCUAGAGAAUCGACGCCAGCUUAACGCUAAAUCGCAUCUUAUCCGGUUUUCUCCGUUUCUGGAUGAUUAUGGAGUAAUGCGAGUCGGUGGGAGAAUCGAGCAAUCUACACUCAACUACAACGCCAAGCACCCGAUUCUGAUACCUAAAGAUACACCACUAGCUGGACUGCUGGGUCGACAUUUUCAUGUCUCCUAUCUGCACACUGGAGUUGAUGCAACGUUCACCAAUCUUUGUCAGCAGUACUGGAUUCUGGGAGCCCGCAAUCUCGUCAGAAAGGCAGUCUUCCAAUGCAAAUCCUGUUUUCUUCAACGAAAGGGCACAAGCAACCAGAUCAUGGGAGAGCUACCAGUUCCUCGAGUUCAAGCUAGCCGCUGCUUUCAACACACAGGGCUGGACUACGCUGGACCGAUCGCAAUCAAGGAAUCAAAAGGAAGAACUCCACGCAUCGGAAAGGCAUGGUUUUCUAUUUUCGUGUGCCUCACUACAAAGGCACUUCACAUCGAGGUUGUUAGUGAGCUAACUACACAGGCUUUCAUCGCAGCCUUUCAACGAUUCAUUGCCCGCCGAGCGAAGCCUACUGACCUGUAUUCGGACAACGGAACUACAUUUCAUGGAAGCAAGCGAACUUUGGAUGACAUGAGACGUCUGGCCAUUCAACAAGCCAAAGAUGAGGAACUAGCAGGAUUCUUUGCCAAUGAAGGGAUUUCUUGGCACUUUAUACCCCCGUCUGCUCCCCAUUUUGGAGGGAUGUGGGAAGCUGGAGUUCGCUCAAUUAAACUCCAUAUGAAACGGAUACUUGGAUCAAAGGCUUUAACGUUUGAGGAGCUCUCUACUGUCCUGACCCAAAUUGAAGCUAUCCUGAAUUCACGCCCGCUGUGCCCAACUGGGGAUAAUUCUUUGGAUCCACUGACGUCUGCUCAUUUUUUGACUGGAUCUCCGUAUACUGCAUUGCCUGAACCCUGUCGUUUGGAUAUGCAAGUCAAUCGAUUGGAGAGGUGGAAUCAGCUGCAAGCCAUGGUUCAAGGCUUUUGGAAAAGGUGGCAUAUGGAAUACCUGACAUCUCUUCAUGAGCGGACAAAGUGGCAUCCGGAAACCGAGAAUCUGAAGAUCGACACACUGGUAGUACUCAAGGAGCCCAAUCUACCGCCCUCUAAAUGGAUUCUUGGCCGCAUCACCGCAGUGCACGCAGGAAUCGACGACAAGGUCCGAGUCGUUACAGUGAAGACUGCUCACGGAUUAUACAAACGCCCAAUUGCCAAAAUCGCUGUACUGCCUCUCUGCUGA